ACAAAUUGCUCAUGGAAGGUGAAGGUUGUGCACACCUCCCUACAAUUGCUAAUCAAUCCCUAGCCUCUUAAGUUUCCUGCAGUUGGUAACUAGUGCAGGCAUCUUGUAGGAUACUACAUCCUGGCAUGUAAAGACAGUACUUGGAGCAAUUACUUAGUGCUCAGAGAAUGAAGGACUGGGAUACCAGUGUUGGUUAGAAGAGUUAGGAGAGAAUAAUUCUGUACUCUGAAGAGAAAGGUGAGAAUAAGUCUAUACUGGGACUUAGUGUGGCCGGGAGCUGUCACCCUAAUAAGCUUAGGACAUAAAUACUUGUAAAACUCUCUUACCAGCAAGGGAUGUUAGAGUGUUCAUUAUGGGUUUGAUGUUGUUCUGGAUUUUGCCAUCUCGCUGAUUCAUGAGUACCACUCAGUUAUCCAGGGCUGCAGUGGAGACCCUAGUCAGAUUUUGUGAAUGGAAAUGUUCUGAUCUCCUUGUAGUCUCCACAUGGAAAAGAGAAGGCUGGGGGUAAGGGGGGUGGGCAGGGCAUGGCACAAACCUCAGAUGCUAGUGGUAAAGUGCUGAUGAGUCUGUGCUAGUGGGUCUUUGCUGGAAUUAGCAUUUCCCAGAAAGGCAGUUUCCCCUUUUCUGGUCACUUUUGACUGCAUAGGCAGUCAAGAGGAAUAAUUGUAUUAGCAUCAGCUUCUCCAGUGUUUUUGUUUGUUUGUUUGUUUUUUGUUUUCUGUAACUGGUGGAGCAGCAUACUUGCUGGAAAGUAUUUGAAUGACUUCCCUGUUAGUGCCUCAAGAGAAUCUGGUGCCACCCAAGUGGUUAAGGGGUGAGCAGUUAAAUCUGGAGCCCUUGUGGCUGGGGUCUAACAGGUAUAGGCAGGCAUUUUAGCAAGGGUAUUAUAGGGUAUACCAACAGCCAUCUUUAUCAAUGUAAUAGGCUUAAGGUUAUAUUUCACAAUUAUUUUAAUUUGCAUUAAAUUAUUUAAGCAUUUGAAUGUUUUUGGUAUAGAAACCCGAGCCCCCCAGCUCAUCAUUAUUGCUGGGGAUAUGUUCCAGAUGGUACAUGACACCCUGAUAAGUAGAGGCAAGGGAAAUUUACCACUAAGGAUAAUAGGGAAGUUCUCAUGGUGUGCCCAUACUGAUCUAGUCCAGGGUCGAAUUUCAGUGUAAUGAUCUAGGGAAUUUUCGGGCAGCACUACUCUCACUUUGAUGGGAGAUUUGGGUAGUGCCCUUUUCCCAAAUUGAGCUCUGAGAGAUGGGGCUAAAACUAUCUCAUAAUGUCCCUCUAACAACAAGAGUCUGAAUCUACAGUCCUCAGAAUUUCCAGUGCCUGUCCAAAAGCUUUUAGGGUGGGGAAAGAGUAUAUCCAUAUACUAUCCACUUCAAGGAAAAGCAUUGUUAGAUAGAGUCCCUAAAAGGAUCUGGAUUGAAAGCAUGGGCUGAUGCAAAGCAGGGGAUUGCUAGUUUAAGAAGAAAGGUAUCUUGGUGAAAGGGAAUGGGGAAGAAACAAGAAAAAAUUCAGAGGACUAAGUAUCAAAAAAAUGUCCUGGACUGGCUGAUGAAUAAACAAGAAGAAAAUAGAGAAAAAGAACUUCUCCAGGCAGAGGAGAGAGCAAAAGUAAAAAGGAGGGAAAAUGAGAGAAAAGUUGACAAAUGAGACAGAUGUUCUCAUGGGAGGUGAAAAGACCACUUACAAGUACACUGAAUUUGGGGAAACCUGGUUAAAUGGAGACACUGUCUACAUACUGAAAAAAUCACCUGACAUGUAUAAUGUGACUCUAGUUUCCUUUCUGGGACCCAAGAAUACAGGCUUCCUUAAACUCUACCCUAGGCAGAGAUAAUCAACAGAGGGAAGAAAAAUUUUUUGUUUAAGACAGAAAGACAACUGUGCUGGACAGUAGUUGUGAAUUAUCCAUGAUCUGUAAAAGAGCAGUCAGGCUUUUCCCUAACAGGCAUCUUGUUAGAAACUAGUUCAUGGGGAUGUGAUGAUAAUAUCUGGAGUAGUUACUGGACUAGUGGAUGUAGAAAGUAGAGUUUCAGUACUGGUAUUAGUGAGAGGGGGGAAAUGAAUGAGCAUUUAUUAACCACUUAGUGUGUAAGUGCUGAGGAAACAAAUAGAAAAACAAGGCAGUCCCUGCUUUCAAAGAGCUUACAUUCUAACGGGGAGAGAGCAUAUAUAGGUUUCAGCUGCAAGUCAGAUGAAAAGAUCCCAUAGUCCUUAGGGUGUAGCAGGAAAGCUGAUGAUAAUGAAUAUUCUUUAAUGUCAUUUUUACUGAUAAUCAUAUCAACCUGUAAUGUUAAACCAUUUGACAAUGCCAAGGACUUUGAGGGCAAGAACUUUCUUUUCUAAGCAGUUACCCAGGCACAUCUUUGCAGGGGUUACUUCCUGGGAUGAUGGUUGUGGAGGGCUGGGCUAGAAGCAGGGCCUGUUGUAUAGAGCAUUCUGUCAUUCCCCAGCCUGGGGCUUAUCUUCCCAAUGGUGACAGUCAGCCAAGGAAAGUGAGCCCUUUCUUCACAGUGAUUGCUGUCCUCAGUGAUAACUACAAAUUACAGGCCGGAAACAAGGCCAGUAAUCUUAGGGCCACUGCUAUUCCUAAGGCUCUUGGGUUCUGGGUCCUCAGCUCUCUCUAUUAGGGUUUGAGGAGAGGUUAUGGUUUGACUUUGCUGGCACAUGCUACCUCAUCUCUCCCUGAGGAUGCUUUAUUGCUUUAGCUAGGUUUGAUUGCCUGCCCCAGAGGUGACAGUUGGCCAGUGGUUAUGGUACCUGUUCUGCCACCCACUGAUCAAGCUAGUCAGUUUUUUUCCUCUGUUCUUUAUCUCUAAGAUAAACAGAACAAAGCUUGAAUGACAGAAUAUGGAAAAGUUUGGAGAGAAUCUUUCUAAAAGUCUCAGGUUUACCGAGGUGGCUAGAGAUAAUGAAUCUUUGUACAGAAGGAGAAGAUGGUAUGUUUGCAUCAGGACUGAACAUGUCUGGGGAAGAUGAGAGGCUAAGCAGAUCAAUGUAUCUGAAAGUUGUGGGCUGUCACCUUGUGGAAAUUCUCUGUGUCAGGAUGAUUGUGCGUGUUGGAGGAGAGGCAGGGUUGGGCAAUAUUUUGGGUCAUAAUGUGCCCCUAAUACCAGCUGGGGGGUUGGGGUAGGGGCUAGAAUAAAGGGAACCUAGUUACACAUUGAUAGUUGAAUGGCAAAGUUCUGAGUUUCUUGUUUCCAGAAGGGGAAAAGUGAUCCAGAGAUGUAGGAUGAGUGGAAAACCUGACAAGUAUAAGUGAUCAAAGGAUUUGAACAGCUUUCAGAAGAAAUGACAAACAACCACAUGGAAAACAUGCUUCAAUUAUAAAUAAUGAGAAAAACAGCUCUGAAGUUUCGAUUUACAACCAUCAAAUUAGUAAAGGGUUUCCUAUAUCUAAACCAGAUGUGAUUUUCAAAUUGGAGCAAGGGAAAGAGCCAUGGAUGUUCAGUCUGCAGAAAGUCAGAGAGAGAGAGGUCCCAAGAAAUUCCCCUCCAAACUGGGAGAGUAGGCCUGACACCCAACAGUCAACUCAAAAUGAGAACAUUUCUGAAGAAGCAGAAUCACCAGGGAUAUUAGUUCCUCUAGACCCUACAUUUGGAGAAAUUCUUCUGUCUAGGGGUAGGUUGGAGAAGCAUCAGGAAAACUCUAAAGGGGAAAAAUGGAAGAAAUCCCUUUUCCAUGAGAAUACUUUCAAGCAGUUGUCAAUUGGUCUCACAGAAAGCCCCAUUAAAGAAAGAGACUAUGAAUGUAAAGAUUGUGGAAAAAAAUUCUUUGACCGCCCAUCCCUUACUCGACAUCAAAGGACUCAUAAGGGAGAGAAGCGCUAUAAAUGUAAUGAAUGUGGAAAAGCCUUCUCUAAACAUUCAUCUCUUACUGAACAUGACAGAAUUCAUACUGGAGAGAAACCCUAUGAAUGUGAUGAAUGUGGAAAGGCCUUCAGCCUGAAAAGUAACCUAACUCGACAUCAGCUAACACAUACUGGAGAGAAACCCUAUGAAUGUGAUGAAUGUGGGAAGGCCUUUAGCCGUAGAAGUGGACUUAUGAGACAUCACAUGACUCAUACAGGAGAAAGUCCCUAUAAAUGUUAUGAAUGUGGGAAAGCCUUCUUUAACCCUUCAUCUCUUAUUGAACAUGAGAGAAUUCAUACUGGAGAAAAGCCCUAUGAAUGUGAUGAAUGUGGGAAGGCUUUCUCUAACCAGUCAUCUCUUACUGUACAUGAGAGAAUUCAUACUGGAGAAAAACCCUAUGAAUGUGAUGAAUGUGGGAAAGCCUUCUCUAUACAUUCAUCCCUUACUGUACAUCAGAGAAUUCAUACUGGAGAAAAGCCUUAUGAGUGUGAUGAAUGUGGGAAAGCCUUCUUUGACUGUUCAUCCCUUACUAGGCAUCAAAGAACUCAUACUGGAGAGAAACCUUAUUUAUGUAGUGUGUGUGGGAAAGUCUUCAGUAGCAAGGCAUCUGUCAUCCAGCAUCAACGACGUUAUGCCAGAGAGUAAUGUAGGAAUAUAAUUUAAAGAAAAUUUCCAUCAGAUCUGUCAUUUUAUUGACUACCAAAAAGUCAAAGUGGGAAAAUGGGCCCCCAUAAACACUUAAAAAUGGUCAUAUCUUAAACAGUUGGGUGGGGGAGUAGGAAACAAGUAUUUAUUAAGCACCUGCUAUGUAUCAGGCACCAUGCU